UCCCCCUCUCUCGCCAUGUCCGAAUAAGGACAGCCUGUACUGUAAUGUUUCAAUCCAAACUCUUAACUCUACCACAAAUAUCAUCAAGCCGCCUCCAAUCCAGUCAUCAAUUUCUCCAUUGAUUAAUUGUUCUAAAAGCUUUGCUUUGAUUCGCUGAAGAAGGGUUUUGUUUUUUUUUUAUUCUUCGUUCGCUCUGCCAAGCAUCUUUUCCCUUCACUUUAAUUCCUUUUUUCUGUCCUCAACCCCCAAUUUGCUCUGCUCUUCUUUUUUUUUUCUCUUUCUUCUCCAAGUUCGUUUUUCUUCGUUGCUUGCCUGAUUCCGAUACUGUCGGUUUUUAUUCUCCCUGCACUGCACUCUUUCCGGCGCUUUUGAUCGCGCCGAGAAUUCUAAUUUUGAAGAAUUGAGGCAGAAUUCUGCGCUUAAUUUCAGAAAUCUUGGAAAUUAGAAAAAACUCCAAAUUUGCCCAACUCCUCGCCCCGCCUUCCAUUCCAUGGGAAUCUGUCAUGGAAAACCUCCAAUCCAAGAACCCCCACAAAACCUGGCCGAAAACGCGGAUCACAUCCUCAAUUCUGGAAAAACUCCCAAAUUCCCCUUCUACAGCCCUAGCCCCUUACCCAGUGCAUUCAAGAAUUCCCCGAGCGGCGGCAGCGUCCCUUCCACCCCUCUGCGGUUCCUGAAGCGGCCCUUCCCGCCGCCGUCGCCGGCGAAGCACAUUAAGGCCCUCCUUGCCCGGCGGCAUGGCUCUGUGAAGCCCAAUGAGGCUACCAUACCUGAAGGAAGUGAAUGUGAGGUUAUUGGCCUGGAUAAGAAGUUCGGAUUCCUUAAGAAUUUCAGCAGCCACUAUGAUCUUGGAGUUGAGGUGGGUAGAGGCCAUUUUGGUUACACUUGUUCUGCUAAGGGUAAGAAGGGAAGCUUGAAAGGCCUCGAUGUGGCUGUCAAAGUCAUCCCCAAGAUUAAGAUGACGACGGCGAUUGCCGUCGAGGAUGUGAGAAGAGAGGUGAAGAUACUGCGUGCUCUCACCGGUCACAACAACUUGGUGCAAUUCUACGAUGCCUACGAGGAUGAAGACAAUGUCUAUGUAGUGAUGGAGUUGUGUAAAGGGGGAGAAUUGCUGGAUCAUAUUCUUUCUUGCGGUGGCAAAUACUCGGAAGAAGAUGCCAAAAUCGUCAUGGUGCAAAUCUUGAGUGUCGUCGCAUAUUGUCAUCUCCAAGGCGUUGUUCACCGAGACCUAAAGCCCGAGAAUUUUCUAUUUACAUCAAAAGACGGACGUUCUCCUUUGAAGGCCAUCGAUUUCGGGCUCUCUGAUUACGUUAAGCCAGAUGAACGGCUGAAUGAUAUAGUUGGAAGUGCAUAUUAUGUAGCGCCUGAAGUUCUGCAUAGAUCGUAUGGAACAGAGGCUGACAUGUGGAGUGUGGGCGUGAUCGCUUACAUUCUUCUUUGUGGGAGCAGACCAUUCUGGGCGAGGACAGAAUCCGGAAUCUUCCGAGCUGUUCUCAAGGCAGAUCCCAGCUUUGAUGAAGCACCGUGGCCUUCUUUAUCCCCUGAUGCAAUCGACUUUGUGAAACAGCUGUUGAAUAAGGACUACCGUAAGCGACUUACUGCUGCACAGGCUCUGUGUCAUCCGUGGCUUUCCGGACACCACGAUGCGAAAAUCCCUCUCGAUAUGAUAACAUUUCGGCUUUUUAAAGCUUAUAUAUGUUCUUCGCCAUUGAGAAAGGCUGCUUUAGGGGCUCUUGCAAAAACACUAACGGUACCGCAGCUAACUUAUCUCCAAGAACAGUUCACAAUGCUUGGGCCAAAUAAAAGUGGAUUCGUCUCCCUACAAAACUUCAAAUCGGCUAUGGCAAAGUUUUCGACAGAUGCUGUGAAGGAUUCACGGGUUAUGGAUUAUGUGAAUGUGGUGAGUUCGCUGCAUUACAGAAAAGUGGAUUUCGAAGAAUUCUGCGCGGCGACAAUAAGCGUGUAUCAACUCGAAGGAAUGGAGAGCUGGGAACAGCACGCGCGCUUCGCUUAUGAAUUUUUCGACAAGGAUGGCAACCGCCCAAUCAUGAUUCAGGAGCUCGCCUCGGAACUUGGGCUGAGCCCAUCUGUGCCUGUCCACGUAGUUCUGCAGGACUGGAUAAGGCAUUCGGACGGGAAGCUCAGCUUUUUGGGGUUUGUAAAGCUUCUUCACGGGGUGUCGUCCCGCGCGCUUCACAGGUCGUGAUGUUGCCGGGAUCUUGGUUGUGCUUCUAAUGUAUUCUUGGAACGAUGGAUCCAUUUGUUGUCGUUGCGAUGCGAUGGCCAUUUUGCGGCGAAUGUGUCUAAAUUUUUUCUGUUUGGUGAUGAAAUGGAAGAUGGUUGAUUGAUUGAUUGUAUUUGUAUAGAUGAGUGAGUAGAUUGAUGUCGAUGAAAGCAAAUGUAUGUACGAGGGUAGUGUUGUUGGGCACUUUGGCUUCUCAAUAAAAUAAAUCAUAAGAAUUAUUGUUCA